UAAAUAAUGUAAAGCUUAAAAGCUUGCAUAUUUAAUUUGCAAUAUUUUGUUGUUAAAUAUAUAUAUAUAUCAUUUAUCAAAUACUAUCGGAACUUGAAGAAUUAUGGAUCGAAAUAUACUUAAAUGCUUGGUCCUGCUGCCGCGGGAAGAGGCAUGUUCUGCUAUCAGUGUCCGCCAUCGUUGCAUCCAUGUGGACCGCAUCCGUCGCGUUUGCCAACACUGGAUUAUCCGUUUGCAGCAACGCAUCCAUAUGCAAGUUACUCGUAUCAUCCUUCCAUACAUGAUGAGACAUUUGUGCGACGUAAGCAACGACGUAAUCGCACCACAUUCACAUUGCAACAGUUGGAAGAGUUGGAGACUGCCUUUGCGCAGACCCACUAUCCGGAUGUGUUCACACGUGAGGACCUGGCGAUGAAGAUAAAUCUGACGGAAGCGCGCGUUCAGGUUUGGUUUCAAAAUCGACGCGCAAAAUGGCGUAAAGCCGAACGCCUUAAGGAUGAGCAACGCAAGCGCGAGAACGGCGAGAGCAGUGGUUCGCUGGACAAGUUGCAUGACAGUCGCGAAUCUUCGCCUGACAUCACGGGCGAAAUCGACGAUGAUGAACCACAUUUGCGCCGCUCGCAUAGUCCUGGUCCACCAUCGGCCAGUCCGCAUGCUAUAGACUCGGACAAUGAACGUCCACUCUCGUCGACACAACUUACCACACAAUCGGCCUCGCAAUCGGUCGGUUCGAUAAGCGCUGGCUCACCGUCACCUAGUGCGCGUGCCACGCCUCAACAUUGUCCCAAUAGUCCGACUUCGAAUUCACGCCACACUGAUUCGCCCAUCGAAGUGGGCGGUCCGAUUUCGUUGACCUCGCGCACAUCGUCUGGCACUACACCCACGUCGGCUUUACAUAGUACGCCCACUACAUUCGGUAGUCAUAUUUUCGGGAAUUUCGGUGCCGAUAGCAAUUGCGGCUUUCGUCCGGUACUCAACGAUAACUCCGGCAACAGCGUGGUCGCUUCUGGUGCUAGCGCACAACGCACCACCACCACUGCGCAUCCACCACUCUUUCUGCCGCCGCAUUUGGCUUCGCUGAGCUCACAGUUUACACAUCAACCACUCUUUCCCGGACUAAAAGGCGUCUCACCGUUUCCGGGUCUCUGCUCGUGUUGCUCACUGAAACCCCCGCCGCCACCGCCUAGCGCCUCCUCAGUGGCCGCUGCCGCUGCUGCAGCCGCCGCAGCUGCUGCUGUCUCUUCCAGCUCCACUUCCGGUGUACCCAUUUCUUCGGCUGCGCCAUCAGCUAGCAGCUCACCCGACUCGCCGCCCAAUGUCGGUUCGGUCAUUAGCCAGGCAGCGCACAACAAUCACGACGCUCGCUCUAGCUCUGUGGCUGAGUUGCGUCGUAAGGCGCAAGAACACUCCGCCGCGCUGUUGCAAUCGCUGCAUGCCGCCGCAGCAGCUGGGCUGGCCUUCCCCGGCUUGCACUUGCCACCGCUCUCAUUCCAUCAUCAUUCAGCCGCCGCUUUGAGUAAUGCGCACGCUGCUGCGGCCGCUGCCGCUGUCGCCAAUAAUAACAACAAUCACAAUAAUAACAAUAACAAUAAUAACGGUGUACGCCUGAAAAGCGAAUCGGCUCAGGAUAUGACUGCAAGCACCAUGAAUGGCCUAUCUGCGGCGGCGGCAGCAGCAGCGGCGGCUGCCAAUAAUCAUCACAGCAUUGCCAGUUUGACGUUGCUCGAUGCGCAGAACGCGGCGUAUCAUCAUCACCAGCAGCAGCAGCAACAACAGCAACAACAAUUGUCGCAAGCGGCUGCCUUGCAUCUGCAACAACAACAGCAGCAGCAACAACAACUCUCGCCCCCGAUAACGCCGACUCAUACCCCCACGCUUCAUCGCCAGGACACGCCACCCAAGUGCACACCAAACGGCGCUAGCGCCGGCGCCAUCACAAUCACGAAAAGUGAAUAAUUAUAGUCAGCGGCUCCCGAAUUGCUCCCAAAGCAGCAAAUAAGUGAAAUUUGAGAAUUAAGUGAAAAGAAUAAUAAGCAAUAGUUUAAUAUUAAUGAGUAAAUUCCUGUUGGUGGAAGCUGUCGCGCAAAGGUUAGAUUUACUAUAUAUCUAAUAACAAUAAUAACAUUAGUAGGUAGUAGUAGCACUUAAAUACAGUAGUUUAGUGUUACUUAAUUACAAGUAGUCUUAAUAUCGUAUGUAAUAUUUAAUAAUACACAUUUAGUUAUAAGUUCGUCGAGCAAAUUUCGAUUUUUGGAUUCUAAGAAGGAUUUAUUAUCAUCUCUAAUUGCUGUUUAUGCCUCAGCUAAAUAAUUGAUUACAAGUAAUCAGUGCUUGGAAAUAGCUUUUUCAAGCUAUUGCUGUUAAAGAAAGGAUUUGUACAUUUCGAGGAAUCCAAUAUUUUGGAACAUUAAAAUUUUCGAAAAUGAAACAGUGACGCCACAUAUAAUUUUCAUUCAUUAAAAAUAUUUUAUUUAAUUGAUUUAUUAUUUUUUUUAGCAUUUAUUAUUUAUUUAUUAUAUUAUUUUUUAACAUUUAUAUCUCAUUUCAUCCCUCAAAUAUGACAUCUUCAAACAUUAAACUGAUUUUGUUCGCUCCUAAAUGUAUGCUACAUUCCGGAUUACGUUUAUCUUAUCCAAAAUUUUUGAAAAUCUUACUUCUAUGGUUCAUCACUCUUUAAUUCAUUUAAAUAGUUCAAGCUAAUUUAUCAUCCAUUUAGAAAAAAGCUUGAUACUGUAGCGACCACUCAUUUGCAGUACCGCACAUUUCUUAAAAGAGCGGCUCUGCGUUUUUUUGAAUUUCUUGAAGAAUUAUUGAUAAGCAUUUUAUUGAUUUGAUAUUCAAUCCGUUCUUCUGUAAUUCUUCAUCUCAGUAAUUUCAUAUUUUUGGUAAUAUUUUUAUACUCUCGCAACAAAUGUUGCUAAAGAGUUUUGUUCACAUAACGGUUGUUUGUACCACCCAAAAGUAAACAAGUUAGAUAUAGGGUUAUAUAUACCAAAGUGAUCGGGGUGAAGAGUGGAGUUCAAAUCCGAAUGUCUGUCCGUCCGUCCGUCUGUGCAAGCUGUAACUUGAGUAAAAAUUAAGAUAUUUUGAUGAAACUUGGCACACUUAUUUCUUGGCACCAUAGGAAGGUUGCUUUCGAAAAAUGAGCAAAAUCGGACCACUGCCACGCCCACAAAAUGGCGAAAACCGAAAACACAUAAAGUGCCAUAACUAAGCCAUAAAUAAAGCUAUGGAAAUAAAAUUUGGUAUGAAGGAUCGCACUAUGGUUUGUAAUAGUUUCCUUACAUCCCAAUGAUAUGUUGUGAAAAUAGGCCAAAUCGCUUCACAACCACGCCUACUUCCUAUAUACCAGAACUUUGAAGACAAUCUGAAUCGUUUACUUUACAAUAUAUAAAGUAAGCACUAGUGAAGAUAUCGAUGCAGAACUUUGCACAAAUACUACGUUUAUAGUGUGACAGCCCCAUUCUAAAAAUCGCCGAAAUCGGACCAUAGGUUUUCAAGGCCCCAUAUAUCGAACAUGAGCACCUCGGUGCUUCUAACCUAAUAUUAGGGUUUCCAACUUUCAAUGGACUUUAUACAAUAUAUAUGACGAAUAUGUGGGUUAAAUUGUGUAUUAUAUAUUAUAAAUAAAGUUAAAUAAAUAAAUUGUGAGAGUAUAAAAUGUUCGGUUACACCCGAAAUUAGCCCUUCCUUACUUGUUAGUAUUAUUUUAGUGCUUGGGAUCGAACUGAUGUAGCGUUGAAUAAAUUGAAAUACUGAGAAGAUUGCAAAGUCUAUCUACCAGCAGGGUUUUGUAUUUCGGUACAAUUCUUUUAUUUCGCUUGUUCCUCGAGCGUUUUUAUCUUCGCGCCAGAAUGUAGGCAACACUUUUCUGAAGGGUUCAGUUGUAUGACAAAUAUUUAAAUAAGCAAGGAAAGGCUAAGUUCGGGUGCAAUCGAACAUUUUAUACUCUCACAAUUUAUCGAUAUAGUUUUAUUAAGAUAGCACACAAUUUGACCCAUAUAUUCGGCAUAAAGUCCAAUAGAAUAAUGAAAAUAAUCAUAUAUGGUAUAUGAGGGUUGAGGUAAUUCCUGAACCGAUUUCACUUAUUUUCACCACCAAGGUACACUGUAUCCAAGACUAUAUGCUCACUUAAUUUGGCUAAGAUAUUUCACUUAUUAACCCAUUUAUAAGGUAUUAAGUCCAUCUUAUUUUUAAAAAAAACCUAUAAUUAGAGAGUUAUGACCCGAUUUUUACCAUUUUUAGUAAAGAGAUACAUUAUUAGAAGAAAAAGAUUCCCUCUGAAUUAAAUUAAGAUAUCUGAGAGAUCUACCGAUAUUUUCAGUGAAAAAUUACCCUAAAGAACUGAUUUAUUCAUAUUCGAUAUCCGGGGAAUUGAAAAGUUAUAGUCCGAUUUCGACAAUUUUUUUCACAAAUGAUGCCACUGAUACAGUAUUUGUGUAAAGUUUUAUAUACAAAGAAUCUAUU